AUGACAUACAACUUCUUCGGCACAAAGAACCGCGAGUACACAUUCAUCAUCGAUUCGGGCUCCACGACCAAUUGGAUCACCGGUAUGCCGUUCCUCCAUCAGUACUACGUUGCAUUCCACUACACCGCGAACAUGAUGGGCUUUGGAACGCGCAAUUUGGGUGCAAGCGCAGCGCAGAGCAAGCCGUUCGUCGGUUGA